AUGAGUGAAGAUGUCAUGUGCACUUUUGGGUUGGAAAUGGGCGUCAUCUGUGUCCAAGAUCAGCACCUGGUCUAUGUGAGACGAGACCCCAAUAUCCCCACCUAUGGACUCCGACGGUCCAUCUUACUGAACACCAGGCUUCAGGACUGCUAUGUGGUCUCACCAGCUCUCACCAACAUCUGGACAGCCAGAACAUGUGCAAAGCAGAUCAAGGUCCCAGAACCAGGUCCCAGCACCUCUUGUUGGGAAGUGGUAAAGAAUCCACUAAUUGCCAGUUCAUUUUCUCUGGUUAAGCUUGUGCUCAGACGGCGACUGAAGGGUAGAUGCUGCCCGGUGCCUUCCACAUUUGGAGAAGCAAAAUCCUCGAAGAGAUUGAAGCCCAGGGAUAAAUCAAUGAUGAACGCCACCCAGAGAGCCAGGAUAAGAAACUCCAUCCAUUCCAAGAGCAAUCGGCCAGCCGGGCAGCCCCUGGGUUCACCUGGGCCCUGGAGGCUCACAGGAGAGAGUAAAGAAAGUUCAAAGGAGAAAAAAGGAACAGUGUGCCAAGAUUUUGAGGACAGAUAUGCUGAACAUGUGGCCACCACCCAAGCACUAGCCCAGGACAGUGGGAUGGCAGCCUGGAAGGGCCAAACAUUGCUUACCAAAGCUCCAAAGAGACGGCAGUUGUUGGAGGACACACCAACCAUCCACGGGCUCCCCACCGAGGGUUACCAGGCGCUGUACCAAGCUGUGGUGGAGCCUAUGUUGUGGAACCCUUCAGGAACUCCCAAGAGGUACAGCCUGGAGCUGGGCAAGGCCAUUAAACAAAAGCUCUGGGAAGCUCUGUGCAGUCAGGCUGCCGUUCUUGAAGGCACUCAGAGGGACCCGCUGCCGGGCAGGAAGUGGCUGGUGUCCAUGAGGAGCCUGUGCCCAAGAAAUAGCCCAAGCUAA